AUGCCCUCCGCGGUGCCCUCGGGGCAGUCCUCCUACGGUUCGAUGGCGGCGACAAGAUAUGCGGCGGCGGCGGUAAGCAAUGCGGCGGCGAUGUCCGCCCCCGCGCCUCCCGGGCAGCUCUUGGGAGCAGCCAGCUCGUGGUCAAGCGUCUUUCAGACCCAGCAUCUCGCCCGCGAUGACAUGGACGUCGACCCGUCCAAGCGCGAGCGCAUGUGCAGGGCAACGGCGAUGAUACCUAGCGCCUUGGCGUCGGUUGUUCAGGCGAAGCUGAGCCUCGCGAGCCGGCCGUUCCUGACCAAGGUCGAAGAAGCGGCCUUGCUCUUGCAAUCUGUCAUCGGAGACGCGGACCUUGCGAGUGCGCAGGCGGCGAUGAAGGAGCUGCGGGCGGCAGAGUGGGCGUCCAACCAGAUGGAAGUUGACGACGACGAGGAGUACGAAGGGCCGUGGCCGAUGGAGGUGGACGGUUAGGAGGAAAAAGAGAGAAAGAUGAGGGCGAAGGCCUCCCCCUCCCCGCGGGACCACUUGUUGCUCCGCAACAUGUGAAAAUCAGGGGAAAUGGUGGCGUUUUUCAUGGUGUACGAGAGUGGCGGAUUCGUGACCAAUAUUUGUAGCAGAAGCACUAUUGGGCAGGAUGGGGCUUCAGAAUUGGUUGGUUUGGGCUGUUGAGUAUGUUUUGGGUGCGUGAGAUGUGCACGUGUGCUUCCUGCGUGGCGCGCUGCUGCGUGACGUGUGCGGCGUUGACGGUGGUGUGGCGUGCACAAAAGAAACGUAGGGGCAUGGAAAAGGGGGGGGGGAUUGGUGUAGAGAGUUGUUGGAGUGUAGAUGCGGGUAGAACACUUACUAGUCGUGUCACAAAGGCCUCUCGCGUGAGAUUAGGUUGUCGCGUGGGGGACACAUGAUGUCUGUGGGGGGAGAGUCGGACGCGAAUGGAUGCGCGUCACGUUUUAUCUAUGUGAUUUUUAUAGUAUUUCAAGCGUGUUUGUUCUCGAACAGCAGGCAACCUUCAUCGAGCGCUCGCGGUGGGUGUAGGACCAGCGUGUCAUCAUCACUCCUCUUUGAGUUCUCUCAGCUCGGCACGGGAUGCGAUGAAAGCGGAUGUGUUGUGGUGUGCAGGAUUUGGGUGUGGGCGGGCUAUGCGAGAAUGUGUACUUCGGGUGCACGGGUGCAUUGACCGAUUUCGAGUUUUGCCAGUCAAGGAUUGUUCGUCGUAAAGUAUUAGGUUCGUGUGUGUUUCUAUGUCUUGUCGUUACCGAGCGUAUUUUCUUUUAUCAUCAUCGACUACUAGGUUCGAGUGCCUUGUGUGUUGUGAGUUUCGUGCGGUGUUCGUGAUUGCUAUUUGUUGCUAUUGUAGUUGUUGCCAUGAUGGAACGAAGUCGGUUGCAGCACGCCGACAGUAGUAGAGCUUGGCUAUGCUUCGGAGCUCCUAUCGACGGUUGGAGUUCCAUCUAUAGACUAUGUCGUGUGGGCGAAAACUGUGCCUGUUCGCUGGAUGUGAGGAAUCUCCCAAUCGAUUACGUUGAUGCGUUAUCGCCAUUUGCUGGAGAUACGUUCUCCAUUGCAGCGGUAGCCACCUUCUGUGACCGUGUUGGGAGAUGGUGCACUGAUGGCGCACAGAAAUCGUUUCCAGAUCAGAGCGUUUGUUGGCCUUGGCCUUCUGUAACUGCGUUUCUCCAGCGUGUAGCCAGAACCACAACCGCCUUGAUUUGGGGUAACCCUCCCCCCCCCCGCCCGGUGUUUGCCAUCGGGGUUGGGUUUUCGUCGCUUGGCAACGACGUUGUAAAACAAGCCACCGCCCCCCCCCCGCCCUCCAUUCUAGACUUAAGUGGGUUGGCGCUGUUGGCAAAGCGCUGUGAAACAUGCCACCCCAAGUAUAGCCCCCAUAGUAUGCGCUACCAAAGACGCUUGACGCAUGGAUGAGUGGAGUGAGGAUAGCUUACGGAAACCAACCAGGUUGAGCGAUGUAGGAGAUUGCCGGACACAUAGACGUGAUGAGUGAUCAUGGCUGUAUACUGAAACCCCAAGGGUUGAGUGAGGUUUCAGAUUGCCAGACACAUGGACGGGUUGAGUGGGGAUAGCUGCAUACUGAAACCCCACGGGUUGAGUGUAGUUGGAGUGCCGGACACAUCGACGCGUUGAGUGAGGAUAAACACAUUCUGAACCUCACAGGUGAUUUGUGAUGGAGUUUGCCGGACACAUAGACGUGUUGAGUGAGGAUAGCUGCAUACUGAAACCUCAC